AGAUAUCAGAAGAAGAUACAGAAUCGAAUGGAAGAAAGCAAAGCACUCUUUAGGACAAUUAUCACAUAUCCAUGGUUCCAGAAUUCUUCGGUUAUUCUGUUCUUAAAUAAAAAAGAUCUCUUAGAGGAGAAAAUUAUGUACUCCCAUUUAGUUGAUUAUUUCCCAGAAUAUGAUGGACCACAACGGGAUGCACAAGCGGCACGAGAGUUCAUCUUGAAGAUGUUUGUAGACCUGAAUCCAGACAGUGACAAAAUUAUCUAUUCUCACUUCACUUGUGCUACAGACACAGAGAAUAUACGCUUCGUCUUUGCUGCUGUCAAGGACACAAUUCUACAGUUAAACCUGAAGGAGUACAACCUGGUCUAACUGUGCCUAAGAGGCCCUCCAAGACCACCUUUGCGUGAUUGAAGAUGUACAAGACGGACUACAUUAUCUGUGAAAAUAAAUUACAUAAUACUAAUUUAUUGUCAGCCGGGACUCUGUGAGUGUUCACAGAGUUUUUAGUUAACAUUAUGAUUUUAUUUAAACCAUAUGGAGGAAAAGCAAAAGAUGCUGAAAUACAUUCACAGUACAUUUUCUUUUUUUUUCAGCAAAAUCCUGUGACUCAGUUGUUUUUAAAUUUUCAGUCAUACACUCACAAAGGAUAACAGGUUUUUGCUAUUGAAGCAAAAUCAAGCUGGUUUCCUCUUUCGUCCCCCCCUUAUGUUUUUAAAGGUGCAAUGACCAUUUUACUAGUUGCAUUCCUUGAUGAAAUAUUUUCUGUUGAGUGAUUUGGUCAGUAAAACUGCUAACAUCAGAACUGAAGUUUUCAAUCAUUCAAAUUUUACAGAAUGUACUUUCUCUGAAGGAUAAAAAGUACUGAUAGUGGGAUUUUUUAAAUUCUUAAAAUGAAUGUUCUCAUUCUGUCUUCACUUCUGAGACUAGAAUGUUGGGAACUGCAAAAUAGAAAUAGUUGUGUAUGAAUUUAGAAUUUAAGCAUACUUUCACAGUUCAGAAAGAUGCAUAGAAGACAGUAAUGAAAGACACAAAGAUGGGAUGUUCAUGGAAUAUCAUAGAAUGUCUUUUUAAUUACUAUGUGCCAUUAUUAUCUCUUUUCUUUAUUCACAAAUGCCAAACAGAAAUGCCAUGGACACUACAUUUUCCCCAGUGUCUACAGCCUGAAACAGGGGUGGGGUUUUAUUUUUCAGUUUUGUGCAUUUUUUCUUAAGUUAGAACUUUUGUAAAGUGUGUUUUUCCACAGUAGAAAAAAUAUUUUUUGUUGUAUAAAAUCUUGCCAAAUCUGGCUUUUUAUAAAACAAAUACUUUCAAAACAUAAGAUACCAAUGGAAAUGCCAAACUAAUGAAUUGGGAACUGACCUGAUUGAGUCAACUACCAGAUGAUAAAUAAACAUAGUUUCAGCUCAUAUAUUCCCAUUUCUAGAAAGUGUUCCAUUUUCGAAUGCCAAAAACAACAGCAUGAGUGAAUAUGCUACUUGGUAUACAUGUAUAGAAGACAGUUUAAUUCUCUCCUUAUGUCAGAAAUGUCAUGAGAUUUCAUACAAUGUUUUCUCUAAUAAUAUCAAAGCACCUUUUACAGCAUGAAAUUAUUGAUGAAUGAUCACAUUAAGAAACCUUUCUUGAUAAGGUUGUCUCUUAACUGAUUCACAGACAUUUGAUAGGUUUUAUGCAAAAAAGCCUUUCUUGAUGUUCUUAAGAAAGAUUUCUUAAUGUAAAUCACUCUUGAAAUUUAAACAUGCAAAUUUUUAAUAACAAAAAUGUAACACACAUCAAUGAGCAGCUUAGGUUAAAAGGUAUUUUUUUGACCAGGUGCAUGAUUGCUAGCAAACUACAGAGAACUCUGAAGUCAGACGUAAUGGAUUAAUUACAAUGCCAAGUAGCAAUAGGGUGCACUUAGCACAGAAAUUGCUGCCUCUCAGCAGCAAAGGAGAGGUGGAAAAAGAAUGACUUGUUAUUUGAGUAAUAAAGUUAACAAUAAAUACUAAUGAGGUGUUUUUCAUCCUUAACCCUCCCAACUCCAACAAUAAUAAAAAUAGUUGUUAUUUUUUGUUCCCUCCUAAAACACCUUAUAAUUAAAAACCAAUUUUAGGUAUAAUGUAAUUAUGAAUGCUAUAGUCCUUGUACAUACAUAUAUAUAUAUGUCAGCAUCCAUAUUG